GUGCUGGGUCCCUGCACCUGCCCACCGGUGACUUGUUUAUCUCUCUGGCUGGGAAACAAGCUCCACAGACCGAGAUCUGUCCACACUGUUUGCUAUGCCUUGAGCAGUCACUGGCACACAGCAGUACCACCACACAUCUGGUAAACAAUAUGUAAGCAAAUUUCCCCUCGAAAGCGUCCCAUCUGAGAUGUUUCUAGAACAGGCCAGACCCCCAGGCUGCCCUGGUGCUUGUGUAAGGGGGUGCCUGACACCUUGCAGCAGGCCCAGGAAGACUCCAGGCUAGAGCCCUGCCAGGCUUAUGUGUCAUCAAGGUCACAAGUGCUGGCACCAGCACUCAGCAAAAAUUAGAAGGCGGCCAGCAUGUCACAGGAUCAUAGGUGCUGGUGUAACACACAGUAAAAAAUACUGUGUUGCACCAGACAGGGCUGGCAGACCUCUGAAGUCCCUGUGAGGGUCCCGUGGUGCCCCCAGGCUCUCCCAGCACCCUCUAAUCUGGCUUUGGUCUCUACCUAUAGUGAAACUGUCUCUAAGUCCAGGCGAGGCGGCUGCCCCACCCCUCACCCUUCAGUGUAAACAUUUCCCAGCUUCCCACAGGCACAGACACAAAUGCCAGGCUGGCAGCUGCGCCAAGCCCCGCCCUCCACCCUGUUUUCCUCUGAGAACCUUCCUAAGCGCUGCUAUUUUGAGCUUUCCUGACAGUGAUUGACGACUGGAGGAAACAUUUAAAAGCAGCAGUGGGUGUCUGGGUUUGCCAGACAGCUCAGGAGAAGAAUCCACGGCACAUCGCCCUGAUUGUUCGAGAGCUAGAGACGCAGCUGUGACUACCCACCUCUGGGUGCUUCCUUUGGUUUAGACAACCUUUACUCAUCAAGACUCCCCGCCACCCUGUCUGCUGACCCACAGCAAUGAGGUCCCGGCUUCUGCUGCCCGUGCCCCACUUGCCAACGAUUCGGGAAACUUCAGAGGAGUUGUCACAUGGGGCACCUGGGCAGGAACCCCCAACCUCUCCCAGCCUGGACGACUACGUUAGGUCCAUCUGUCAGCUGGCACAGCCGACCUCAGUGAUGGACAAGGUCAUAGUCCAGAGCCGACCCCACAGACCCUACCGGCCAGCCUGGACUAGAGAGAAGAGACGCCAGGCCGAGUCUCUAGGAGACAGCUCUCCUUGCUUCAGCAGCCUGCAGCCCACACUGCCCUCUCCUGGCACUGACAAUCCUCUGGACUGGCUCUUCGGGAAGUCCCAGGAACAACAGACAGAUAGAAGAGACCUGCCCAAUGGGACCAGCUCUUUUGGUCACGGGGGUGUACACAGGCAGAUGGACAAGGACAUGGGGAGGCUGUGUGAGGCCAGGGUACCCGAGUACUCCCUGGGAAGAAAAUCAGGGCAUAGGCAGCAGACCUCCAACCUGAAAAGCUGGACUUCUAGAAAGUCUCACCAGGCCUCGGCCUCCGGCUCCGGCUCUCGCCCCAGCAGCCUCCUCAGUACACUCUACCUGCAUCUCCCAGUGAUCCAUGAACUUUAACCUCUCCCAGCCAAAGUUCAUGAAGAAUGUUGUGGGUCCCUGUGACCUCCCCAGCUUCCCUCUCCUGUGGACUCCUCCUGGCAGGUCUGCAGGGACUGGGCAAUUCCUAGUGAGACCCAUCAUCUAAAGAGUGCUGACAGUCUGGCUCCCACAAUGCAACCUGACUGGUACCAUCUGUUUGUGACUGGCUGGCUGGUGACCACGAAGGAGUGACUUGGUGUCUCUAUUCCUUGGUUUUAUCAUGGUUAAAAUGACUGUGAGUGGAGUGACCACCUCUCAGAUUGUUCUAACGGAGAAAUGUGUGCUGUACUCUGGGUGUCCGCCAAAGUCUCAUGUGAAACCAAGGGUCAAGGGCCAAGGGAGGGGGCGGUGUCUCAGCUCCCUAAAGCAGUGGUUUCCAACCUUUCUAAUGCUGUGACCCUUUAAUAUGUUGUUCACGUUGUGGUGACCCCAAAACAUAAAAUUAUUUUUGUUGCUACUGUCA